GGGCCAUCGUUGCGUUCAGAGCUCGACGUUAAAUUACAUCUCUAGCUAGGAAACGUUUGGUCGACGCUGCUACCGAAACAAACGGUACUUUCUCCUACAUCAUCGAAGAACAAAGAAAACUGAACGAUCAUUAGCGUUGGAUUUAGAACCCGUAGGCUUCCUGAAAACAUGAAGGAACGUAAUGCAAUAGCAUGGCCUACCACGAUGUUCGUUGGGGCGUUGUUAGUGAUUCCGUUCGCAUUUGUCAUCCCAGCAGUAGACUCCAUUGCUAUCUUUCCAUCCGAGAAACUGUCGAUAGCGGAAGGGGCCGGAUUUUUGGCCUUCCUCGACACCGGUACGGCUCCCAGGGCUGGCCAGUGGAUUCACUGUUCGGUGAAGAUCGGCAGCAAUCAGUACAGCCUGGAUAGCGAUCAGGUGCACCAGAUUGGCGAGAAGACAACGGUGGAAAGGUAUGACGCGGUUCGGUGUGGAGUGCGCGUGAAGAACCUUCAAAAGGCGCUCGAAUCGACAUGGACGCUCUAUGGGACAGAUGCGGCGGCCGAACCGAGUACCGCCAUGCUGGAGGUGACCGUUUUGUCACCGAAAUUCAUCGACCAGCUCAACGUCACCGUUAGCGGCUCGUCUACGACGGCGACCAUCAACUGCCCGGACAAGGAUAGUGCCCGCUACUGCCGGAUCGUGGACGCGCAGGCAAACGUGUACGAGUCGUGCACUAAAUCGAUCGACGUCACACAACCGUACAGCCACUUCUGGUGUCAUGCGCUAUUCUGGGGAGACAUGGCGGAGCGGGUCACUAAAAUCAACAUUAUCGUCCAAGAGAACGAUCGUGACAUUACGGCGACGGUGGAGGAAACGGGAGACCACAUUGUGCUGACAUGCCAGUAUCGCCAAUCGGUUUCGCUGUGCCGCGCCUUAUCGGAGUCCGAUAAUCGACAACUGUUGUUGCUCGAUGGCCAUCUAUCGGGGCGCUAUUCAGCCUACGAUACAAAAAUCUCCAAAGGAACUUGUUCGCUUGAGAUCAAAAAACCUCUUAUUGCGGGGGACGUUGGCGUGUGGCGCAUCUACCAGCAACUCAACCCGACCGAUUUCACUGGCUGCGUGUUUGACCUAAUGCCCGUGGUAGCCAAAGCGGGUCUCAUACGUGCGAAAAAUCUGGCAAACAGAAACGAUCGCCUCAAGCUGGAGGCGCAAAGUAUCGAGAUCUUUCACGAUCCGCGUACAUCCGUGACGACCAAAACGGAACUGUCCUGCUCGGUACCGUACGCGCUGCAAUACUGCUACCUUUCCGGACCGACCGGUGGAGACUUUGCACCGCAGCGUUUCGAUCGGCUCAAGUCGCUCGGUGUGUGCCAGUUCGAGGUGACCAACAUUACCACCGGAAUGUGGGCCUGUGGCAUCAACGAUCUGAACGGGGCCGAGGAUCACCUGACGUACUACAAUGUGAGCGUCUACCAGCAGCCCGGGCGGGCCGUCAUUGGCCAGCUGACGGCCAGCGCCGGCGAUCGGGAGCAGCGGCUACUCUGCAAGACCAUUCUGGACCUCCCGAUCGACAUCUGUCGGUUUGUCGAUCCGUCCGGCGAAGUGCACGGGCUGUCGGACAUGAUGAAACCGUCGGCGGAUGCCCAUUACCGGUAUCACGGGGCGGGAUUGCGCGAGGGCGAGUGUGGACUGGAGAUUGUCGAGUUGCAGGAACGCGACUUUGGCAGAUGGAAGUGUCUGUUUAAGGUGCAGAACCGGGAAUAUGAGAUACCGUUGGACGUCGUUGAAGAAGCUAUGAGCGUUGGGGUAAUAAUAGCGAUCAGCAUCAGCGCCACGAUCGUGCUCGUGAUCGUCGGAUUCUUCGCCUACCGGAAGCUGAACCGGCGCUACAGCGGUCCUUCCUACACCGUAUCGUCCAGCAUGUCGAAUAUGUCGAACGGUUCGCAUCAAUCGUGAGAGCUGAAGGUAGGCAGGUCGGCUUUGAUUCGUUGAACCAUUGGGACAACUAUGUGGAAUAGAAUGACCCUAUCUGCUUCCAAUCGUGUGCCAUCCUAUGAGUGUGGUUUUUUGUCGUUUUCGAUUUGUCCGCGUUGUUUUCGGUUCGUUUGUGACGAAAUAAAAGUGAUUUGUUAUUUGUUA